AGAGAUGCAUGAUCGUCUAAAUCCUGAUUGGGCUCCAUCCCUAAAUCUCAGAACUUCCAGAAGCAUCCAAACGCCACCACCUGUGAUGGCUUCUACAUCAACGACACCUGCAUUAUCGCGCUACAACCGUCACAUGGAACGUGCACAGAGAAAACUUGACAUGUCACAGUUUGCAAGUCUAGCCCAUCCGGAUGUACUUGACGACAUUUCCGAUGAGGCGAACAAUGCAGCGACGCAGACAGAUGUUAACAACCAAUGCCUGCAGGGUAUGGAGUAUGAGAUAAGUGCGCUUCGUGCCGAAAACCAGCACCUGAAGAAUCAGUUGUCUGACAAAUAUUCAGAAAAAGACUUUGAAGGGAAGGAUGACAAAGUGAAGCAUUUGACUGGGUUGUCAUCUUAUGAAAUGCUGAUGCUCUUGUUUCAGUACUUGUCACCUUAUCUACCUUUAUCACUUGUGCUCAGUCAAUUUAGAACAUUUUCUUUGACUCUCAUGUGGUUAAGGCUGAAUUUGUCAGUUAUGUUCCUGGCCUAUGAAUUUGGUUUGUCACAAUCAACAGUUUCCCGCAUUUUUUCAAGUGUGAUAACCGUAAUGUAUUACAAAUGAAAUCCGAUGGUACACUGGCCACAACGAGAAACUGUGCAAAAGACAAUGCCAAUGCAAUUCCGGAAGAAUUUUGGACGUAAAGUUGUGUCGAUUAUUGACUGUUUUGAGGUUUUUAUAGAAAGACCAUCUAACUUGGAGGCUGCUGCCGAAUGUUUUAGUGCAUAUAAACAUCACCAUACUGUCAAAUUCUUAAUAGGAAUAACACCACAGGGUACAGUGUCCUUUAU